AUGGAGACGACGGGAAGGGAGGCUGGUGGUGAGAGUAGUGGCCCAGGGAUGCUGAGGAAUGGGGUAUCUCUAGGAGGGGCUGGAGAGGGCGGUUCUAGUAGAGCUGGAGGGAAAGGGAAAGAAGCAGCACGUGAUGAAGAUGCUGCAAAAGGGCGAUGGGCGGUCGUGGACAUGUCCGAGAUGAAUCUGUUUGGCGAGGGAACAAGUUAUGCUGGUGUACUGCUUUCCUCUGUUAUCACACCAACCCUUGGUGGUGCUACCAUGGGAUGCUGUUCCAGCCAGCAGCAGGAUCCAUCGUGUGCUGGAGUAGAUGGGAGUGGGCUUCCAAGAUUUUAUGUGCCGGGAGAAGAUUCAGGCAGGUUUGAAGGGUUGGGAUUCUACGGUCUGACAGCAGGUGAAGGGGGGCAAUCCUAUGCAUUUGCGGAGAGGUUCCCUUGCCAGCUCGUGGGGGUUGAAGAAGCCAAUGCAACUGGUGGAAGUGGGUUUGGUGCGAUGGAAGGCAAGGAGGGAGCGGAAGCGUGGGAGGUAUCUGCAGAGGAAAAUAUCAGUGGAAGCAUAGGGACUACCGGCAAGAAAGGGGUGAUGGAGGAGGAGGCUGCCUUAUAUCCACCACUCUCAGCAGCAGCAGCAGCAGCAGCAGCAGCAACAGCAGCAGCAGCAGCAGCAGCAGCAGCAGCAGCAGCAGCAGCAGCAACAGCAGCAGCAGCAGCAGCAGCAGCAGCAGCAGCAGCAGCAGCAGCAGCAGCAGUACCAACCGACAGCACGCUUGUUGUUGCCGCUGCCGCUCCCGCUGCCGCUCCCACAACACCAGCCGCAGCAGAAAGAACAGCAGACAAAACGUUUAUUGUUGCUGUUGCCCCUGCCGCUGCCACAACACCAGCAGGAGCACCGGUUGCAGCAGCAUAA